AUCAUUUUACAUAUAUAAAUAUAUUCAUUAUCAAGCAUUUCUCAGAAUAAAGCUUUUCUUAGAUUAAGAUAUGACACAUGGUGCCAUUGAUCAACUUUUUACCUGUUGUGGUCGAACCCAUUGUUGUAUCAGAUUUCGCAUUUCUGCAAUUUCCAAAAGAUGUCUUUCUAAAGCCGUGGACAGUUUUCACUGGACACAUUGCUAAUUUAUGUCAAAUCUAUUAGCUGCGUACUACCUCCGAGACGGUUAGGAUAGGUGAGGUUAGGUGUUCCAAAAUUAGGAUUUAUAUUUUUAAUAUCAAUACUUAAAGCUGUCAUAGAACACCAGAAUGCUUAUUGUAUAGCUAUAAAGUUGGUAAAUCAUAACAUGUUAAAUUUUAUCUAGAUCAUUAUUUUCUUUAUUUCUAUACAAGGCUUUGGACACAUCCGAAACUUAAGCUAUUACUGUAGAGAAUCCUACCGGAGCCGGCAAAUAGGGAAAUUUCUUCAAUAUUAGAAUCUAUUACUUAUCUGUCAAAAAUUCACAUUCUGUCGAUGUUCUGUCGUAAAUCGUUUGACAUUUGUGAUACUGUACUCUGUAGUCAAUAGCAGUUUCAUUUGGCGGUUUAUUGAAAGGAAUUGACACUUUUUAUUUUACUUUCUUUAAAUUUACGACAAAACUACAGUAACUAUAAAUUGAUGCACCAUGGUCAGUCAUGAUUCUAGUGUAUGGUCUCACGACGAAACUAUAAGAAUCCUCAUAGCUUCUGACAUACAUUUAGGUUACUUAGAAGAUCAUCCUGUCAGAGGCGAGGAUAGCUUUAUAGCUUUUGAAGAAGCUUUAUCAUUGGCUGUACAAUAUGAUGUGGAUUUAGUGCUGCUCGGUGGUGAUUUAUUUCAUCAUGCUAAACCGUCUCUUAAUUGCAUUUACAAAUGCACGGAGAUCAUUCGAAAAUACUGUUUCGGUAAUAAGCCGGUGAGCAUUGAGUUACUGUCGGAUCAGUCAAUUAAUUUUUCAAGAAAUGUUAAUUACGAAGACCCAAACUUAAACGUGUCUUACCCGAUAUUGUCUAUACAUGGUAAUCACGACGAUCCUGUGGGAAGAGAUGGUAUUAGCAGCCUCGAUAUACUGUCCACUGGAGGCUUAGUAAACUAUUUUGGGAAAUGGACCGAUUAUACCCAUGUACAAAUUUCUCCCGUACUUCUGCAAAAGGGUGAUACCAAGCUUGCUCUGUAUGGAUUAAGUCACUUAAAAGACCAACGCUUAUCACGUCUGUUUCAAGAGAAGAAAGUUGAAAUGUUACGAGAUGAAGACCAUGAAUGGUUUAAUAUACUUGUGUUACAUCAAAAUCGAGCAGAGGAUAGAGGAGCUGGCAAUUUCAUCAAAGAAGAUGAGCUUCCUAAAUUUCUUGAUUUAGUUGUGUGGGGCCAUGAACAUGAUUGUGAGUUGUAUGAAAUGAAAGGCAAUACUGAAAAGGAUUACUUUCAAGUAGUCCAGCCAGGCAGCACAGUAGCCACAUCCCUUGCAGCUGGGGAAGCUAAGCAAAAACAUUGUGCCUUAUUGCAAAUUCACAAAAAUGAUUAUAUAUUAACACCUUUGCCUUUAAAAAGUGUUCGGCCAUUUAUCUUCAAAACAAUUGUGCUAUCUGAACAUGAUAUGGGAGAUGAAGAUGUUAAUGAAAGUGAAAAGGUGCAGGAGUUUCUUAAACAGAAAGUGAAUGAAGCCUUAACAGAAGCACAAAGCUUAAUGUCUGGAGACCCGCGACAACCAAGCUUGCCUUUAAUUAGGCUAAGUGUGUUUUAUGAGAGAGAGGAUCAGAUAUUUAACAGAGCAAGAUUUGGACAGCACUUUUAUGGCCAAGUUGCCAAUUCAAGUGACAUUCUUUUACUAAAGAGGGAAAGGAAAAUACGCGAGCGGCGUCAGGGACAAGGCGACAAGGUCAAUGUAGCUGACAUUGUUACGGACUCCACCGACGUAGAGACGCUGCUCCGGGUCUACUAUGAGGCGCUGCCGCCCGACCGGCGCUUGACAGCUUUGCCGGUACAGCUGAUGACAGAGGCGGUGCGGGACUUUACUAUUAAGCAAAGCGAUGAAAUUUUGAAGGCUGCUUUAGAUGCACAUAAGAGACGUUGCAUAGCGGCUUUGAUAGAGUCCAAUACUGACACUGAUAUUGAGGCGAUUGCAGACCGUCUUCGUGUGCUGCGUGAUGAAAUAGACAAUGCUGAUGCAAACCAGCUGGCGGCGUUAAAAUCAGCUACGGUACCCGAUCACAUUGUUAUAGAAGGUUCCAGUGAUGAAGAAUUACUAAAGCCAGAACUAGAUAAAGAGGUUCAGGGGCGAGGCCGAGGGCGCGGGUCGCGGGGUGGGCGCGGAUCGCGAGCCCGGGGGGCGCGAGCGCGGGGGCGGGGCCGCGCUGACGACGCGACCUCCGAUCCCGCGCCGCCGCCUGCCGCCGCCGAGCGACGCACGCCGCGCCGCACUGCCGCCAAGAUAUCCGACAGCUGGAUUAAAAACUAUGCUUCCAAGGCCGGCCGAGAUUCAUCUGAUAAUGAUGACUAAUUACUUACUUCAUACGGCUACGGCUUUCUAAUGUCCUAAAACUACGCCACGCUACUAUAGAAACGAAGUAACGCUUGCAUGAAAAGCAUUCCAUAGUUUGCUGUCAUUAUGGAUAUCCUAUAUCCGUGAUAAUUGUGAUCAUGUAAUUAUCACACACAACUGAAAAGCAGUAGUAAUACUUUAAAAUAUGACUGCAUGUUUUCAUGUGCCUUAUCCUUAAAGGAACAUAACUGUUAUCUGAAUUCACACUAGUGGAAAUCAUUUAAAGCUUUUUAUUUUAACUUAAUUCUUAAGAUAUAACAUAGUUAAUAAAUGAUGUAAGUAUA